AUUAUCAUUUCUGCAAAUUACUCAGACCAUUAAUAAUGUGUUAGGUACUGGUGCGGUGAUUCACAUCAUUGCAUCUGUUGGUUAUAUAAUCUGUCACUCGGUCACAGUUUUGAGAGUUUACAGGUUAUUUUAGGGCAGUGCAUUGGAAAGAUGUGAAGGGCUGUUCUGUAAAGUCUUGAGCCUGUGAUUUUUUAAUGGAGUCAUUGAGUUUUGUAGAUGUUAAUGGUCUAAAGCAUUUAUUACCCCAAAGCAUUGGGAUCUAUUCUUGGAUGAGUGUUCCCUCAUUAGGAUAACAGAAGUAAAAAGAGACUUUAAUUUUUAGGAAAUUUUUUUCUUACUUUAAUAAUUUUAUCAUGAUGUGAAUUUCCAGUUAAUUUUAGCAAAUGUGUACAUGCUGCACUCAUCCAUCAGAUUCUAGAGCAUCUUUCCUCCUCCUGUGCACUCCUUAAAGGACGACACACCGUGACACAGCAUGUAUGUAUGCCUAGUUCUGGAGAUACUAAUACAUACACAUGUUUUUUGUCUCCCUUUGCACGUCUCUGGGUUCCUCAUUUAUGGCUGAAAUGGUAACUGGACAAAUUCCUUGGCCUCCUGACAUCAGAACCCCUCAUGGCGAGACCAUGAUGAUGCGCCCUCAACCCACUCAGCAGGCACACCAGGACCCUCCAGCGGGGGCCAUGCGUCCCAGAGUGGAGACAACAGCAGUGAGCAAGGGGAUGGUUUAGACAACAGUGUAGCUUCACCUGGUACAGGUGAUGAUGACGAUCCAGACAAGGACAAAAAACACCACAAGAAAAGAGGCAUUUUCCCCAAAGUAGCAACAAAUAUCAUGAGAGCGUGGCUCUUCCAGCAUCUCACAUGCUGCUCACCGCCGUGAACUGCUACAGCGUGAAGGCCGCCACCCGCGUGCAGGACGCCUUUGCAGCUGCCAAGCUCCUGGCGCUGGCCCUGAUCAUCCUGCUCGGCUUCAUCCAUAUUGCAAAGGGUGCCCCUCUGUCCAGUUUGGGGACAGCUCCUGCCUCACCUGCCCAGCCCCAGUGGCCCUGCUGCGGUGGGGUCCAGCUGGCCGCCUCCCAGUGCUGCCUGUUUCUGGCUGGCUGCUCAGGAAUCAGCACGCAGUUGCCCGCCUUCCCCAGAACCUCUGACGUCCCCUCGCCCAGCCGAGGGCAAGGCCCUGCUGUCCGUGGCUCGGGUUACCCUGACGGGACUUCACACAUCGAAUGCUGUGAUGUGUCCAACCUAGACCCCAAGUUCUCCUUCGAAGGCACCCACCUGGAUGUGGGGAACAUCAUGCUGGCCUUGUACAGUGGCCUCUUUGCCUAUGGAGGAUGGAAUUACCUGAAUUUCGUCAUAGAGAGGAUGAUCAAUCCCUACAGAAACCUGCCGCUGGCCAUCGCCAUCUCACGGCCCAUCGUCACCCUGGACGUGCUGACGAAGCUGGCCUGCUUCACCACCCUGUCCACAGAGCAGAUGCUGUCGUCCGAGGCCGUGGCCAUGGACUUCGGCAGCUACCACCUGGGAGUCAUGUCCUGGAUCAUCCCAGUCUUCGUGGGCUUGUCCUGCUUCAGCUUGGUCAACAGGUCCCUGUUCCCGGCCUCGAGGCUGUUCUUCGUGGGGUCCCGGGAGGGCCACCUGCCCUCAGUGCUCUCCACGAUCCACCCAGACCUCCUGACGCCCAUGCCGUCCCUCGUGUUCAUGUGCAUCAUGACCCUGCUCUAUGCCUCCUCCAGUGACAUCUUCUCCAUCAUCAGCUUCUUCAGCUUCUUCAACUGGCUGUGUGUGGCACUGGCCAUCAUCGGCAUGAUCUGGCUCCGCUUCAAGAAGCCAGAGCUGGAGUGGCCCAUCAAGUGAGCCUGGCGCUGCCGGUGUUCUUCACCCUGGCCUGCCUGUUCCUCAUCGCCGUGUCCUUCUGGAAGACGCCCGUGGAGUGCGCCAUUGGCUUCACCAUCAUCCUCAGCGGGCUGCCCGUCUACUUCCUUGGGGUCUGGUGGAAGAAUAAGCCCAAGUGGCUCCUGCAGGCGAUCU